GCGAUGCAGCUAGGGCAGGCUUGAAAUGCGCCUGAUCUAACCAGGCGGAUGAAAGCAGAGGCGCACUGUGGGGAGAGAGGAAAAGUUCUCAGCAAGGAGAGGUAGGAGUACUCUUACGGAGCCCCUGCACUCUCAAAUUUUUAUGCCUCUAAAACUGUUUCCUGUCAUCUUUUUUGCAUUUCUGCUCUGCAACACUGCUUUUACGUUUCGGAGAGAGAAAUCCUACUUUUGACUUAAGUGAAAGCACCAGCACCAUGGAGCUGUUCUGCCUCGAAAUGGACACCAACAUACGAGCUCGUCCCGAUCCGAACCUACUGUGCGAUGACAGAGUCCUGCAGAGCUUGUUGACCAUAGAGGAGAGGUUUGUGCCCCAAUAUUCCUAUUUCAAAUGCGUCCAGAAAGAUAUUCAGCCUUUUAUGAGGAGGAUGGUCGCUACUUGGAUGUUGGAGGUUUGUGAGGAGCAGAAGUGCGAGGAAGAGGUUUUUCCCUUGGCCAUGAACUACUUAGACAGAUUUUUAGCCAUGGUACCCACCAAAAAGUGUAACCUGCAGCUGCUGGGAGCAGUCUGCAUGUUUCUUGCAUCCAAAUUGAAAGAGACUCGUCCAUUAACAGCAGAGAAGCUUUGCAUCUACACAGAUAACUCCAUCAGACCUCAAGAGCUGCUGGAAUGGGAACUGGUGGUGUUGGGGAAGUUGAAGUGGAACUUGGCAGCAGUGACACCAAACGACUUCAUCGAGCACAUUGUGAGGAGGCUGCCGCUGCCCGAGGAUAAGCUGGCACUAAUACGCAAACACGUCCAGACGUUCAUCGCCCUCUGUGCCACAGAUUUCAGUUUCGCCAUGUACCCUCCCUCCAUGAUCGCCACAGGAAGCGUGGGGGCAGCGAUCUGCGGCCUACAGCUGGAUUCAGCUGACCAGUCACAGUGGGGCGACAGCCUGACAGAUGUGCUGGCUAAAAUCACAAACACAGAAGUGGACGUUCUCAAAGAGUGUCAGGAGCAGAUUGAGCGCGUGUUGAUGAGCAGUCUGCGUGAGGGGCGGCAGCAACAGCAGCAGCAGCAGCAGACACAGAGAGGCCCCAGUGAUAAAGGUCUGGAUGAGCUGGAUCAAUCCUCCACCCCGACAGAUGUCCGUGAUGUCAACUUGUGAACCACCAGAGGGCGUCAUUGCACAACAUUUACAACAACAACAAGAAACUGCAUUGUGGGGAAAAAGCAGAAAAAAAGAACAAAAGAACAAAAAAUGCUAA